ACCUUGCCUAUCUUUACUUGUGCUAAAGAUGCUCUGGGCCGUUAAGUGGCUGCAACUUUUGCAAAGGACUUUUUUAUAACUUAGAAAAGAAGAAAAAACAACGCUCAAAACCUACCUAAACAAUGGGCUGUGUUCAAAGCUUCAGGGAAUUGUGUGACCGUCCAAAGAAUACUAAUGUUCGCAUCAGUCUCCCAGCAGUUUGCAUUGUGUGGGAAACAGCCAUGAUCAUCUUGUUUGGGAUUUUUAUUCGUUACGAUGAUGAUUCAGAUCCGCACUGGAUAGAUGACAGAAAGAAAACAAAUAAGAGUGACAUGGAGAAUGAGUUCUACUUCAGAUAUCCAAGUUUUCAGGAUGUGCAUGUGAUGAUCUUUGUUGGAUUUGGCUUCCUGAUGACAUUUCUUAAGCGCUACAGCUUUGGUGCAGUGGGUUUCAACUUCCUCAUUGCUGCCUUUGGCCUCCAAUGGGCGCUGCUAAUGCAAGGCUGGUUCGGCUCCCUGGGCCCCGAUGGAAAGAUCAAAAUUGGAGUUGAAAGCCUGAUAAAUGCUGACUUCUGUGUGGCGAGCUGCCUGAUCGCCUACGGGGCGGUGCUCGGCAAAGUCAGUGCAGUCCAGCUAAUGGUCAUGACUCUGUUUGGGAUCACAUUGUUUGCUGUGGAGGAACAUAUUAUUAUACAUAUCAUACAUGCCAAAGAUGCAGGAGGCUCCAUGGUGAUCCACACCUUUGGAGCUUAUUAUGGUCUUUCCAUCUCGUGGAUGCUCUAUCGGCCAAACCUGAACCAGAGCAGUCGUCUGCAGUGCUCCGUCUACCACUCAGAUGUCUUUGCCAUGAUUGGCACCCUCUUCCUGUGGAUGUUCUGGCCCAGCUUCAACUCGGCCAUCGCGGACCACGGGGACGGGCAGCACCGAGCAGCCAUCAACACCUACCUGGCUCUGGCCUCAACCGUGGUCACUACUGUGGCCAUGUCCAGCCUCUUCCAGAAGCACGGGAAACUAGACAUGGUUCACAUCCAGAACUCCACUCUUGCUGGAGGUGUUGCGGUGGGAACUGCAGCUGAGUUCAUGUUGAUGCCCUAUGGGUCUCUGAUCGUAGGAUUCUGCUGUGGUAUCAUCUCCACGCUGGGAUAUAUCUACCUCACGCCUUUCAUGGAGAAGUACCUGAAGAUCCAGGACACAUGUGGAAUCCAUAACCUGCAUGCCAUGCCAGGAGUCAUAGGUGGCAUUGUGGGAGCCAUUACUGCCGCAGCUGCAACAGAGUCUGUUUAUGGCGUUGAAGGGCUCAAAGAGACCUUUGAUUUUGUGGGUGACAUGUCACCCACAAAGCAAGGUGGUUACCAGGCAGCAGCCCUCUGUGUGGCUAUCUGUUUCGGUGUGGGCGGAGGCAUCCUUGUUGGUUGUGUUUUAAGAUUACCUAUCUGGGGAGAUCCUGCAGAUGACAGCUGUUUUGAUGAUGAGCACUACUGGGAGCUUCCUCAGGAUGAAGAAAGCACCCAACCAGUCCUUCAGUACAACAACCACAUGCGGAAUAAAGACGUAAUCGAGACAAACUUCAACAUGCAGCAGACCUAAAGCUUUAGGUGUUGAUCCUGACUGAUCUUAAUCUUUAUUACUCACGUCCUGUUUUAUUCCACUUAUUUAAAAUAUGGUUUAGCUUAAAGUGAAAAAACGACAUAAGAUUUUGUUUUUCAAGAUAUUUAUUCUCAGUUAAAUCAAUUAUAAUGAAAUCACAGAUUUGGUAUUAAAUAUGAGAGGUGUUAUACCGGUACUAGUGACUUGCCUUGUUUCAACAAUGACAGAUUCUUAAUAGGUUGAAGUGUGGGCCUUUAAAACUUUGGUUUCUUUAAGUGCUUUUGAGUUAUUUAAAACCAUGAUUUCAACAAUAUUGCUUCAGACCAACUUCAAUUAAGUUUUUAACUGGAUUUCCACGUCAAGCUGUCAGGUUUGUUUGUAAGCUUUAUAUUUAUUUUCAUGGUUGCUUAACUUUAUAUUGCAUAUCGACUUAACCUGAAUAUGUGUCUUAGUUUUACAAUCGGAUGUAAUGAGAGUUGUGUUAUUGAUUUUAAAAUAAAGAGCUUUUAUACUUGUUU